AUGCUGUUUGGAUCCCGGCCCCGGCCUCGGCUCCGGCUCCGGGCGCUUGCUAACGUUUCUGGAAGGCGCAUUGUACUGCGGCGGCAGGAAUCUUAUCCAUCUUCCUCACCAAUAUGGUUUGUGGACUCUGAUGACCCAAAUCUGACAUCAGUUCUGGAACGUCUAGAAGAUACUAAAAACAGCAAUUCGCUUCGUCAGCAAUUGAAGUGGUUGAUAUGUGAACUCUGCAGAUUAUAUAACCUUCCUAAGCACCUGGAUGUUGAGAUGCUAGAUCAACCGCUACCCACGGGUCAGAAUGGGACAACAGAAGAAGUUACCUCAGAUGAGGAGGAAGAAGAAGAGAUGGCUGAAGAUAUAGAAGACUUGGAUCACUAUGAGAUGAAGGAAGAAGAGCCUAUUAGCGGAAAAAAGUCAGAGGACGAAGGAAUUGAGAAGGAAAAUUUGGCAAUAUUAGAAAAAAUUAGGAAGACUCAAAGGCAAGACCAUCUAAAUGGUGCUGUGUCCGGGUCAGUGCAAGCUUCAGAUAGACUUAUGAAAGAGCUCAGGGACAUUUACAGAUCACAGAGCUAUAAAACAGGGAUUUAUUCAGUGGAACUCAUAAAUGACAGUUUAUAUGACUGGCAUGUUAAACUGCAAAAGGUUGACCCUGAUAGUCCUUUGCACAGUGAUCUUCAGAUCUUAAAGGAAAAAGAAGGCAUAGCGUAUAUUUUGCUUAACUUCUCUUUUAAGGAUAACUUCCCAUUUGAUCCUCCGUUUGUUCGAGUGGUGUUACCUGUUCUCUCAGGAGGGUAUGUGCUGGGUGGAGGCGCACUAUGUAUGGAACUUCUCACAAAACAGGGCUGGAGUAGUGCCUACUCAAUAGAGUCGGUCAUCAUGCAGAUCAAUGCCACCUUAGUCAAAGGCAAAGCCCGAGUGCAGUUUGGAGCAAAUAAGAAUCAGUAUAAUCUAGCAAGAGCUCAACAGUCAUAUAAUGCCAUUGUACAGAUACAUGAGGAAAAUGGUUGGUACACUCCUCCAAAGGAAGAUGGCUAAGUGUGUCGACUGUCAGAUGUGUGGACCAAUGUUGCUUUAAAGAAACUCUUCCCAACAUGCAGACACAAGCUUUGCGUGCCCGUAUAACAGCAGUACCGAAGACGUUAGCUAAUAGAUAUUUUAGUGGAUAAUCUGCCAACCGACAUCCAGUACAAGUCACCGCCUUUUCAUUUUGCUCAUUUUAGGUUUCUUGGACUGAGCAGUGGGGCCUUUACUGUGCUUUUCCAGAUAAAGCACAGACGGGCCACUUGUAUCAUCUCUCUUUCUUGAAAAGCGAAACCUUGGAAGCAGGCAAGUCAGCAUCAGGUUACUUAAAGUUUGGGGUAAUUUUCCUGUAUUGAGCCAAUGGAUUAUGAUGACUUGCAAAAUACAUUGUUUCAUUUCAAGCCAAUAAAAGUUUAAUUGCUGUUUAA